AGAAGAGCGAGUGCCCUACACACGCGGAUGGCACCUCUCGACACUCGCGCUGGGGACCAGCGCCGCUCAAAAUGACAUAGCACGGAUGCGUUUAACCAGCUCGUCGGGACGCGCUAUCAUUCCGCCUGCCCGGACUCAUGCACAGCGCUGUCCGCACGUGUUGCGCCUCACGCGAACGCGAUCUGCUCGCGCUCGUGCAUCUCUGUCCGAGACACGUCCACUUUGCGCUCGUGUCGCUCCGCACGCCGUCCCCUGCGCGCCCGCAUGGCAUUCUGCCAUCACACUUACACUGCGCCGUCGCACGCGCGUCGGUCCCCUCUUGCUUUCUCCCCGGUCACGGACACCGCGCCCAGCUCUCUCGCGUCCCCGGACGCCCGUCGUCUGGACUACACGCAACACAAGAGCCCGCUGCACAACCCGCAGCAUGGUCCAAACGCGCCCGCGCGCCCGUAGAAGCCCGGCCAAUGACAACGUCAGCGGAGCGCAGCACACAGCGCGAAAUGGAGGACGUACCUGCGGUCUUCUCGAUCCCGCCUUUUCGCGCGCAUUGCGAACGCGCCGACCGCGGGAACCACUCUGACCAAGCGGGUGUUAGCGUGAGUGCGCGACGGGAUGAAUUGCGUACCGGCGUGCAUGCGGAACCUGAUGCGCUGAUGGCCCUAUGCUCGUGCCGUCUUGCGUGCAUGCGCUGGGCGGUCUUGCGCGCGAGUCGGCGACGUGAGUAUCAUAUGCGUCAGUGACAAUGACCGGACCGCACGCGAGACAUACCCGGAAGCGCAAAUCUCC